UCCGAUACUCUAUGGCCGCAACAUGCUGCCCUGAGUUAUUGUUGGGAAGGAGACCAAGAAGUCAACUUGACCAAGCCAAUUCUGACUUUAUGGCGCUCCGAGAUCUUGUUCUAUAAUCUUCCACAGACCAUCAAAGAUGCUUUAUGGGUGACAGCUGAGCUCGGUCUUCAGUACCUCUGGGUUGAUGCCUUUUGCAUCAUUCAAGAUGAGGACGCCGACAAGAAUAAAGAGCUCGCCAGAAUGAGCGAUGUAUACUCAGAAGCGUACAUUACGUUGCUUGCAGCCCGAAGCCCCAAGGGUCAAGAUGGUUUUCUUCAA